GCAGUGGAUUAGCGCGUCUGACUUCGGAUCAGAAGGUCGUGGGUUCGACUCCCACUGUGGUCGCUUAUAUUUUUUUCGUGUUUUCAUUUUUUUCGGGUCUCUCCAACCCGACCCUAAUUAGCAAACGCGGGGAGACCCGAUUAAAUUGAAAUUUCUCGUGUUUUUAUUUUUUUCGGGUCUCUCCAACCCGACCCUAAUUAGCAAACGCGGGGAGACCCGAUUAAAUUGAAAUUAAAUUGAAAUUUCGGUUUCUAGGGUUUAUGCUCUAAAGUCUAAAUUGCUUUUUCCCUCUCGCCAUUUCACUUCACCAACUGAACUCCAGAUCGCGGCUCAAAGGAAACAAACAUCCCUCCCUACUUUUUUCGUUGCACCUGAGACGACAAUGGCUUCAACUGCCCAGCCAGCUUCGUCUCUCAAGAGAAGGGAUGUGCCGGUCACGAGGGAAGGGGAUCAACUCACCAUUAUUCCAUUAGGCGCCGGAAGCGAAGUGGGGCGUUCCUGCUGCUACAUGACUUUCAAGGGGAAGACUGUUUUGUUUGAUUGUGGGAUUCAUCCAGCCUACUCGGGAAUGUCUGCUUUGCCCUACUUCGAUGAGAUUGAUCCGUCCACUAUUGAUGUGCUUCUAAUCACUCACUUUCACUUGGAUCAUGCUGCAUCAUUGCCUUAUUUUCUGGAGAAGACUACAUUCAGAGGCAAAGUUUACAUGACUCAUCCCACAAAGGCCAUCUACAAACUGCUUCUGACCGAUUACGUGAAAGUGAGCAAAGUUUCCAUUGAAGACAUGUUGUUUGAUGAACAAGACAUAAACAACUCCAUGGAUAGAAUUGAGGUCAUUGACUACCAUCAAACAAAAGAAGUGAAUGGAAUCAAGUUCUGGUGUUACACUGCUGGCCAUGUUCUUGGUGCUGCCAUGUUCAUGGUUGACAUUGCUGGUGUUCGUGUGCUCUAUACUGGUGACUACUCACGUGAGGAGGAUAGGCAUCUUCAAGCUGCUGAAAUGCCAGAGUUCUCCCCUGAUAUAUGCAUAAUCGAGUCCACCUAUGGAGUCCAGCUUCAUCAGCCUCGACACGUAAGGGAGAAGCGCUUCACCGAUGUCAUCCACUCGACCGUCUCUCAAGGUGGCCGUGUUCUUAUCCCUGCAUUCGCACUUGGUCGUGCUCAGGAACUGCUGUUGAUUCUUGAUGAAUACUGGAGUACCCACAAGGAGCUCCAGAACAUCCCGAUAUACUAUGCCUCCCCUCUGGCCAGAAAGUGUAUGAGUGUUUAUCAGACAUACAUACUUGCCAUGAACGAGAGGAUUCGGAAUCAGUUUGCACACUCGAACCCCUUCCAGUUCAAGUUCAUACAAAACUUGAACAGCAUUGAUGAUUUCAACGAUACUGGGCCAUGUGUAGUUAUGGCCAGCCCUGGCGGGCUGCAGAGUGGACUGUCCAGGCAGUUGUUUGAUAUGUGGUGUGCUGAUAAGAAGAAUUCUUGUGUCAUACCGGGAUACGUUGUUGAAGGAACACUUGCUAAGACCAUCAUCAAUGAACCGAAGGAAGUCACCCUCAUGAAUGGACUAAUGGCCCCACUCAACAUGCAAGUUCACUACAUUUCGUUCUCAGCCCAUGCUGACUACGCCCAGACAAGUGCCUUCCUGAAAGAACUCAGACCUCCCAACAUAGUUCUGGUCCAUGGAGAAGCCAAUGAGAUGGGAAGGCUGAAACAGAAGCUGAUCACGGAGUUUGCUGCUGAUGGCAAUACCAAAGUCUUAACCCCCAAAAACUGUCAGUCGGUCGAAAUGAUGUUCAACUCCGAGAAGAUGGCGAAAACCAUAGGGAAACUGGCUGAGAAGACACCCGAAGUCGGUGAAACAGUCAGUGGGAUACUUGUGAAAAAAGGCUUCACAUAUCAAAUCAUGGCACCUGAAGAUCUACAUGUGUUUUCACAGCUCUCAACAGCAAACAUUACUCAGAGGAUCACCAUUCCAUUCAGUGGUGCAUUUGGCGUGAUAAAGCACCGUCUCGAGCAGAUAUACGAGAGCGUGGAAUCAGGCACUGAUGAGGAUUCCGGUGUGCCCACGUUGCUAGUGCACAAGCUUGUCACUGUUAAGCAGGACUCCGAGAAGCACAUCUCCAUGCACUGGGCUGCUGAUCCAGUGAGCGACAUGGUGUCCGACUCGGUGGUGGCCUUGGUUCUGAACAUCUCCCGUGAGCUCCCCAAGGUGGUGAUUGAAUCGGAGGCAAGUAAGACGGAGGAAGAGAACGAGAAGAGAGCGGAGAAGGUGGUCUAUGCUCUGCUGGUUUCAAUGUUCGGGGACGUGAAGCGAGACGAGAAUGGGAAGCUGGUGAUAAGUGUUGACGGGAAUGUGGCAAAGCUUGACAAGCAGAAUGGGGAUGUUGAGAGUGAGCAUGAAGGGCUGAAAGAGAAAGUGAGGACUGCGUUCAGAAGAAUCCAGACUGCUGUUAAGCCAAUCCCUCCCUUUGCUUCUUGACUGAUUUCUUAGCGUAGCAUGUAAAGGCAUUCUCCUGUCUUUCCCAUUGUGUUCCGAGUCCUGAUUUUUGUAUAGCUUUAGGACAGGAUGAGAUUUUUGGGUGAUAGAGGAAGCGUUUUCCUUUUGGCUAAUUAGUUGCAGCUUGCUUUUUUGUUAAUUUAGACUUUGGUCAGCUUAGGCCUGUUCACUUCCAUUUUCGUUUCAUGUUUUCUGUUUUUAUGUCAUAAAUUUGGCAACCGAAACGAGAAAACUUGUUUACUUUUCAUUCCGUUUUCUAUUCGUUUCCAACUAUGAAAACAGAAAGUGGCAACUUCCUGCUGUUUUCGGAAACGACAAAAUGUUGUUUUCACCUGUUUUCAACAUCUGUUUUCUCAAAAAUAGGAAAGUAAUGUUUGCUGUUUAGUUGCAGGUUCUGAUUUGACUUGAUGCAACUUACCAUGUGCACACAAUAAUGUCCCAUAUAAUUUUAAGUAUAAUAAACUAGCCCAAAUGCAAUCUAUGUUCUUAAUUACAUAAGUUUUUGUUAAUCUUAGAUUCCAUCACUUUUAUUAAGGUACCAAUGGACUUGUCUUGGAUUAACUUAUGGCAUUAAGGAACUCUAAUCAAAUAAUAUAAGUUUUAGGGAUGCUACUUAGUCAGGUAAGGGACACAUACAUAUGGAAGGAACACAUAAGGGAGACCUUCUAUUGAUUUGGUUAUCCAUCAAUUAUUUUGGUCUAAUCUUUUUGAAUCACUUUCUAUAGUAGUCGGUUAACCAAUAUAAUAACCGAUAAUCA